UGUAUUACUAACAACACUCUGCUAGUCAUGGGUUUGACAGUUAACCUCAACCCACGCAUAACGUUUCAGGAGAACCCGAAAAUAUAGAACAAUUCAAUUGCCGAAGUAUUCAAGGUUGAUGCUCUCAAUUUCUAUGGUUGUCAACAAGUGCCUCUUAGAGCACAGAUAGUCAUUUUCUAGCUGGCUGUCCAAGCUGAGUCGCUAGCUGUGGAGCAUUAGCCUGUGUAAGUGGCUACCUAGCUGGGUUCACUCUCAGGUUGUUAGCGAGCGACUGCCUGGCUGCCUGUUUGUCCGGAUAACAACACUGGAAAAUAAUAAAAGGGAUGGUGCAGCCCCAACCUGAUGGUCCACUGCAGUGGGACAUGUCAGGAGAGGACAGCGGGGGGGCCCUCAGGGUCCCACCUGAGCUGGCAGCCAAUGAAGUGGUGACACGGUUGCUCGGAGACAAUCAGCAACUCAGAGAGGCCUUGCGGCGGAGCAACCUUGCCUUGCGUCAGCGCUGUGAAGAGAUGGAGGGCUGGCAGCGAAAGACAAGGGAAGAGAGAGAAUUUCUUAGCUGUCGUUUCCAGGAGGCCAGGGCCCUAGUAGAGAGGUUGGCCCAGGAGAACCACUCUUUACAGGGCCUGGUGAAUGGGCCAGCCUCCUUAUCUAACCACUGCUGUAGCUCCAGUCAGACUGAAGGGCCUUUUCCAACUAAGAAUGGACCUCUAGAUGCAUCACAGCCGAUCGAGGGCGGAAACGACUUUCUGCAGAUACUGAACAGCCACAAAGAAAAGCUGGAAGAAGGUAUGCAAGAGCUGAGGAAAAAGAAUGAAGAGCUCGAGAGGGAGAGGGACGAGGGUGAAAAAGACAGAGAGCGAAUGCGUCGCUGCAUUGACCAGCUGUGGGCUAAACUGGCCCAGGCACAGGCAAGCAAUGCUACCGAGGAGGUUGGUCAACAUCGUUCUGAGGCCCAGCACUCAUCUGACUGCUCUAGCCUGGCUAAACUCACAGAGCAGCUUCAGGCCACACAGGGCAGGUAUCGUGAGCUGGAGGAGAAGCUUGACUACCUGCAGAAGAGUUCUGCUCAGCGAGACAGAACUGAGGCUCUUCUCAAGCAAAAAGACAAGGACUGUGAGGCUCUGAAAGCUCAGGCAACAUCUCUUUUAGCAGAACUGAAUGAGCGGCAGAGCUGCCUGGAAAAAAGCGAGCAUGAACGCAAAAUGCUAGAGGACAAGCUGUGUAGUAAGGUGAAAGCCCUGCAGGUGGCAGAGCAAGAACUGGAGCAGCAGAGGAGUCAGCAUCACGUGAAUAUGGACAAGCUUCUGUUGCAGAUCCAGAGCUUGGAGCAAGCCCUGAAGGCAGAGAGACAUGUUGUCACAGAGGAAAAGAAAAAACUGACACAGCUUCAGCAUGCCUACACAUGUCUCUUUAGAGACUAUGAUUCUAAACUGAAGAGUGAGGGAGGAGAUUUGUGCAGCCGACUCGAGGAAGCAGAGAGAGCACUGGCCCUAAAGCAGGACCUGAUUGACAAGCUGAAGGAGGAGGCAGAGCAACAAAAAGGCUCACUGGAGACCGUUCCUGUCCUCACAGCACAGGCUGAGAUCUACAAGGCAGACUUUCUAGCAGAACGAGAAGCAAGGGAAAAGCUGAACCAGAAAAAAGAGGAGCUGCAGGAUCAGCUAACUCAGGCUUUGGCUGAGAUUGACAGGCUCAAACAGGAAGCAACAUCCCGGGUACGUAUGGAGCAGAUGAAGCUGAGACACCAGGAGGACUUUCCGGCACGAGUCCCACAUAUUCCGCCUCCACAAGGUGGAUUUUCUGCUGGAGCUUUCAACACAGCACCCCCUCCGUCAUUGUACCGCAGUCAAGCUUUGGUGCAGGUCGGUGAUCAAGGAGCAGCAGGAGUAGAGGAUCUGCCAGAUUUAUGUUGUCCAAAGUGCCAGUACCAGGCUCCAGAUAUGGACACCCUCCAAAUCCAUGUCAUGGACUGUAUACAGUAACAGAUGCAGAGUUCAUCUUACCAUGAAACCACAAUACACAUACACUGACCAGCCAUAUCAUUAUGAUCCCUUAUAGGUGAAUUGAAUGACACUUGUUACAACGACACCACAUCAGUCAGUGAGACUUUUAGCAUGUGGACAUUUUUUCCUCAAAGCUGAUCUGUGCAGGAGUGGCUAGUACCUACCAAAAAAAGGCUGGAGAAAAAGAAGGCCAGUGAUCCAACAACAGGGUAAUGUGUGCAAAGUGAUAUAUUUGCAGGAGGUAAUUACCUAUGUUGGAAUCGCCCAAAGGGUGCUGAAGCAUAAACUCCUAAAAUAAAGUUCUUGUUGGUUCUGAUACGGGGGGUCAGAACCGAUGGUCCAAAGUGCCUACAAUAGUCACCUUCAGAAUUGGACAAUGUUGUGAUGGGUCUUGUUUUCUCUUAUAAAACGGUUGGUAUCGGCAGUGUGAUGCUUUAAAAAAAAAUGUAGUACCGGGUUUUGUCAUUUAUAUGAUUGUUGUUUGGCAUUUGUACCCUACUGAAUGAUUUGCAGACCAAGUACAUCCAUUCAUGGAGACAAUAUUGCUUAGGGACAGUGGCCUCUUUUCAGCAGGACAUUGUGAAUUACCACACUACAGACAUGCAGGAUCUUUUGUGUAGAACACGACAAGCUCCCAGUGCUGAAUCAGUCUCCAAAGUCUGUACAUUUCAAUCUAAUGGAGAUUUUUUUUUUUCCAAUGUACUGGAAAAAAAAACCUCUAACCCAACCUCAUGACUUCAAGGGUCUGAUGUUAAUGCUUUGGUGUCAGAUAGGACAACACACAGAGGUCUUGUGGAGUCCAUGUCAGAGCGGUUAUAGUUCCUAUACAGUAUUAAGGUGGGGAUUAUAGUGGUAUGGCUGAUCAGUGUCGACAGGGUGCCUGCACUCAGCUCUGUACACAGUUAAGAUAAACAUUUUUUGUAGUUGCACCUUACUUGCACAUCCAUUCACAAUCAAGUAAACAUACUAUGGGGAUGAAAGUGAUAAUGAUGCAAUCAAGACUUGCCAAACAAAGGACUUGUUGCAAAUGAAAGACUAUUCGUAUUGACCUGCUCCCCCGACUCACUUUCUGCUGUAGCUGUUCCAUUCUAAAGUUCCCUUUCCUUUUGUCUUUUUUUUUUGUUGCUUUCACUAGAGCCACCUUUUUCAUAUUUUCCAUCUUAUCAGACUUUGUACGCAAUUAAUGAUCUCUGUUUUUUCCCUUGUCCCUCUACUCUGCAGAGAUAGUAAUACCAUAAGUUAGGGAACGGCUGAACUCUGAAAUGACAAUGUUGUCUUUGAUUGCAUCUUCCACUGUUUGUAACAGUAGUUAAUUUUUGGACCUAUAAUGUAUUGUAAAAAAAAAAAUUAAAGGAAAAAACAUGUUUUUCCAAUUCCCAUAAAAGAGGGUAAAUAACAUAGUGAGCUUUAAAUAAUAAACUGUAUAUUCAAAUAUUUGGUUAUAAAAGUUGCAAGUCUACAUUACCUCAAAACGUACAGUAUGUACUAGAGAUGGUUUUACUCUUAUUGAACAAAGUAACCAUUCUCUGUGUUCUGUGUCUGUGUAUACUGUUGACUGCACCACUGCAGUGCUAUAUCACUGAGGCCCUUUAUUGUGUACUUCCUGUAGCUAUUACUAUGAAUGUAAGAACAUUGAGGUCAACGUUUGUGUGAUUUUUGUCUGUAAUUAUGGAUGCUCUGUUGGUGUAAAGAAAAUCGUUUAAAUCUGUUGACAAGCUCCGAAA